GGACACAACCGCUGAUUCAACUACAGAGGCUGAGUACAUGGCUGCUGCUGAAGAAGCAAAGGAAGGUGUUUGGAUAAAGAAGUUCAUUUCUGAACUUGGAGUGGUUCCUAGCAUUAAUGACCCAAUCCCGUUGUUUUGCGACAACACUGGGGCCAUUGCACAGGCAAAGGAAUCACGAUCUCACCAAAAGACCAAGCACAUUGUACGACGUUAUCACAUCAUACGAGAAAUCGUAGACAGAGGUGAUGUAGAGAUUUGCAAAGUAGGAACAGACGACAACAUAGCCGACCCCCUGACCAAGCCCUUGGGAAAGCUAAAGCAUGAGGGUCACACUAGGUCAAUGGGCAUUCGACCAAUGCCAGAUUGGCCAUAGUGCAGUGGGAGAUUGUUGGAGUUGGUGCCCUUAUGGCCAACUGCUGUUGUAAUAUCUUAGUGAUUUUCUAUCAUGUAAAGGCAGAUGCAUUAAGUUUACAAACAUCUCAUGCUAAUGUAAACUAUUAAUUGCAUUCCUAGAAUUAUAUUAUAAGAUGUUUAUCAGAAUGAGUCUUCUGAUGUUGAGACUGACAUCUUGUCACUUAGUAUAAUUCUAAAUGGUCUAUAGUCGAAGCAUUAACGAGAGCGGGAUAUCGUUAGUGCGUGUGAGACUAGUGAGAGUUAGAUGUUUGACCUAGUCUCUUGGUCAAUGACGGAGUGUUCGCCUCUACUCUCGGGCAGAUAUUAUCGUUAAUAAUAGGAUGCCAAACCUGACCCACCUUAAGGACAUUGCCUAGACUUUUAGUCUAUGCUCUAAGUGUCCUUAAUGCGACUAUUGGUAUAACAAUCCUUAGACUUGAAGUAUUACGUUCUUCGAAUGCGUGAACCCGCAUGCUUUGAUUCAUUGUCCUAAGCCGUAUGAAAUAAGGAUGGUACACAGGCUUUGUAUUGGGCAUGCCGCUGCACGUAUUCGGAGACGUAGAUUACGUACAAAGAAUUUGUCACUGCUACUCAAUCAUAAUAAUGUCUUGUAGGGGCCCACUGAUAAGUAUGACUGAAGAAAUGCAUGGCCAUGCUGAGAUGAGUUUAGACAUCUGUUCUCAUCAGUCAGACUUGUUAAUCAGUAAAUAACUUAAUUGCUACAAGUUGGAUAUUUUAUAUCCCUUGCACUAAGUUAAGACAUUGGGACAAAAGGAUCUACGUUAUACAAAGUCUUAGUCGUAGAAAGGUUUUGACGGAGCAAACGUCUGAACUUAUAAUCUGGGGGUAAUAAUGUGUUGCUAGAUACUGCUUAUUACUUAUAGUAUUGGUGUAGAGUCAAUACUGUGGCCAGUUUUAUAAGUGCCUAUAUGGGUCACACACACUUUGAACAAUUUAAGAGUAGGAUUAUAAGAGGGGAUAAUAUUUAAUUUGUAUAUUGUAAAAUAGUAAAGUAAAAUGUUUAAU